UGUGAUUCGUCGAUUUCCGCAGAUUAUUUUCACUGUUUAGAAAUUCGUAAAUUUUACUGAUAAAUAUACUGAUGCAGGUGAUUUGCUUUCUGUUUUAAAUUUAUAUUUAUUGAUUUUGAUGUUUCUGUUGUCAUGACUUGAUUUACGGAGUAAUGGCGGAUGAUUUGGACGUGAAUAAUGGAUCGGCAAAGUUUGCCAAAAAAGGCAGAAGAGCUAAAAAAGUGGUUAAAGAUAAAGACGAUCCGAUUUCUAAUGAGUUUGAUCUACCUAAAGCUAGUGAUAUAAAGACCACUGACCUUCCGGAAUGUAAAAUAGGCGGUUGGAAUGAGGGUGAAACUUCGCACAGCGUGUGGUUUGGAAAAAGAGCUGAUGAAGAUACACUAAAUUUCUGCAAAGCUUUACGUAGGGAAGAAUCUGAUGAAGAACUCGAGAUACCGAUUGUUCCUGAUUUAAUUAGUGUUGAGGACCAGUCUACCGCAUUUCAGGGUGCAGUCGCACCGAGUGUAGUCAUAAACAAAAUUCCAGCGUACUGUGAACUUAGUCAAGAUCUACUCAAUCAUGGCACUCUUCAGUUAUUGGACGGUGAUAUUAACUUGAGGGUUUUGACGAAACAUUUAUUCUCUGAAUCUGAAUUGAAAGAAAUUGAUGAAACAUGGAGUUGGGACUUUUUGUUCUCUGAAUUAAAGACACUGAAAUAAGGUUGUAAACUAAACUUAUCUAUAUAUUUCAUGUUAAUAAAUCAAACCUUUUGUAACAGAGAUACAAAAUAUCGAAAUAAUAUUCACUUUACAGUGCU